GUCCAACCUCGAUAAAGUCAUCAUCCUCCCGUCUCCCCGGGAAGAGGGGGCUCCCUCUCCCCGGGGAGAAGGAAAUAGAAGCGCCCCAGUUUUCUCCUUCCCCAUUCUUCUAUAAAAGAUAGCGCAGAUGCCGUCAGCAUUGGAGAACAAAUUUCUUGGCAGCUCUGGAAACUGGCCCUUCUGACGUCGGUGAGCGAGGUCGGAGGUCGUCCGCGCAAAGGGAUCGGCUAAAGGCAUCAGAGGCGAGCCUGAACUUGGCCCCUCGCCUGCACCUAAAAUGAAGCCCAAGGCAGGUAAGGAGCUUCACAUCCGUGACCUUGAAGAUGGAAGUAACUGGAGGAUUAGAGAUGAGACAAUAGUUGAGCUAAUCAAGAAGCACCAUGCUGCCCCUGAUCAGAAGACAAAAGAUGAAAUACUCAAGACUCUUCAGUCAAAGGUUGCUUCAUCAAGCAGUGCCUCAGGUCGGGAUGAGAAGAUUUCUGCGGAGCUACAGAAGUUGAAACUUAAGAGUGAUAGCAAGGCUUCUGUCGGAAAAAAGGACAGUGAUAGCAAGGCUUCUGUCGGAAAGAAAAAACGAUAGUGCUCGCAAGGCAGAUAAGCGAACAAAAUAAAAUUGACAUAACAUGAGGCUACCAUGUUGAUAUUGUGACUAGAUAUGUCCGUUAUCAUUCUCUAUGCUAUGGUAUUUAUUGGGGAAGCUUUCUAUCUAAAGACCACUAUGGCCAUCGGCCCUCCUGUAAUUUAUACGUCUUCCCUUUGUGUUUCUGUAUUUUUAUCCCUUAAUAAACUGGAUGGGAAUCAUCUUUGGCCUCUGUUUUGUCUUCUACGUUUUGAUUGAAUCAAUAUAUCUCUGUAUGUUCA